UUGUGGGACCAGUUGGACGUAUUGACAAAUUCUCUAAGACUAAAUUUACGCAAGUAGCGUCGUAUGCGAGAUUCAGUUAAACUAUUUUAAAAUAUCUCGGUGGACCUACAACGCAAACGCGCACCUUUACAAAAUUCCCAAAACAGCGCGCGUCCUUCAUUAAAUGCAGUGUGCUAUGAUGCAAAAUUAUUAGAGCCAACGUGUCAGUAUUCUAGAACGCGGUCGUGCAUGCGCGUAUCCGUUUUGGGCUGGAGCAGAAAAAAAAUAACGUAAUCAUUGCUGUCAGCCCCAAUACUGCAAACAGCUUGAAAACUCUGUUUGACCGUUGUCAAUUAAUGCGCACUGGACAAUGCUCAGAUAGCCCGAAGACUCCACACGCAAUAAUAUUUCCUCUGAAAAUGGGAGCUUUUACACCACAUGGAAUUAACAUUUGAUCAUUUUCGUAAUAAUUUGAAUGUAAUUUCACACGUUUGUUAUUGUUGUUACUGUAGUUUGCCGGAGAUGGGCUGCGCAAUAUCAGGUUUGAUUCCAAAACAAGUCAUGGACGUGAAGGAAGAUGUACCCAUUGUGCAUCUAACGGUAGAGCACAAGGAGCUCAUAAAAGAUACUUGGAAAGUCAUUCAAGAGAACAUCGCAAAAGUUGGCAUUAUUAUGUUUGUCGGGUUGUUUGAGACCCAUCCGGAAUGCAAAGACGUUUUCUUCCUGUUCCGAGAUGUGGAGGACCUGGAGAGGUUGAGGUACAGCAAGGAGCUGAAGACCCACGGUCUACGGAUAAUGCACUUCAUUGAGAAAAGUGUGGCCAGACUUCACCAGACGGAGCGACUGGACCAAAUGAUCCUGGAUCUGGGCAAGGGCCACUGCCGUUACAGCGCCCCGCCCAAGUACUACAUGUAUGUGGGAGCGGAGUUUAUUCGAGCCGUUCAGCCGAUCCUGAAGGACAACUGGACCCCCGAAGUGGAGGAGGCUUGGAAGACGUUGUUCCAGUACAUGACCAGUAUCAUGAAGCAAGGCUAUCUUGAAGAGGAGAUAAACCAGAGGAACGCCGUGGCCAACACCAGCAGAGAAAGACCAGAGAAGAUGCUCAAUGUCAUUUAGGAGAACCCGACUCCCUAGUCCAUUGAUACUGUAACACAGACCGACACCAGCAAGGUCGUGUUUAUUAGGUCACGCAGUAAAAACAAUUGUCAAUGUUUUUCAACUAAUAAUGAUGGUGUUUGUGAGUCCUACAGUGAUGGUGUUUGUGAGUUUUAGUCUGUUUUCAAAUAUUUGGUGCCUUAGUGAAGGUGAUUUAAAUGUCUGGUGUGUUCAAGACAACCAAGGACUCUGAAUAUGUCCUAAGGUCCAAGAAAUCCGAGCUCUAGAAUAACGUGUUGAGAUUUGGACUUUAACUUCUGAAUUGGAUGAAUGUUAAAACCAAAAUCCCAGUCAGUUCGGCAAUGCCAAGUUGUUUAGAACACACCAUGACCUCAGCUCAGUGCGUAGUGUGAAGAUGUCUUCUGUAUUUAUUCUAUGCUUCUGAUAUUGUUAAUUGAACAAUCUGUAUACAAUUAAAAUACUCCAUAAGGGAUUAUCAUUCAAUUCAUGCUAGACAGUAGCCUAAUUAUUUCUCUGUAAGCAGAAGUAUUAUAGAAUGUGAGCAACCUUGCUGUUUUGAAUGAUGUCAAAGCCUACAGUAUGCAUAUUUACGUGUGUAUUAAAUUCUCUACUUACUUUU